AUGUCAGAGACAGACGAGCGAUCGCCGGAUCGAGUCUACCGCCAACAGCGGGCCAAGAGGCUCAAGAUCGCAGUUGCUUGUGAGCGCUGUCGCACAAGAAAAAAGAAGUGCGACGGAGCACGACCAGCCUGUAACCAUUGCCAGAAGAAAGGUAAUCCUUGCUCUUACCGCAAUGGCUUGCUGCCUCUUUCCAACGGCACCCGGGCCGUCGACUAUGUCGAUCCUCGGGGCCGUCCUCUUCUACGGAUGAGCGCUGGCGGAAUGAGCGAGUUUCCUAAGACAGCUGCUGCCCAAGAACCAACGCCCCGUCCCGUCCCGAGCCGUCCUUCCUCCCCUACUUCCGAGCUGUCGGGUCAGAUUGAUCCAGACAGAGUGCAGUCCGCAGACCCACAAUCUGGGGUUGUCCACGAGGUCUUUGUGGGGGAGGUCACAGCCGCCCUGGACGCCAAGAUGGGCCGCCCGUCCAGCAAAAGGACCAGCAUCGGAAAGACGCCGCUGAAAGACGCCCCGCUGUUUGAUCUCCACCUCGACACCGGCGGGAGUGAAGAUGUCGACAGCAGUGUGCUUCCCCAACGGAGGCACGCGGACCAACUCGUCAACAUGUUUUGGCGGCAUCUGCAGCCUCUGGAGCCAAUUCUGGAAGAGGAAGCGUUCUACCGCUCAUAUGAGGCUCUCUUUGCUGGUUGCGCUCUGCCGGAGAACAUGGAUGAGCGCGUGUUUUUGAGCAUUCUGAAUACCAUAUUUGCCCUAGCCACGCAGUUGCAAGAAGACCGGGCGGCCGACGAACGGAAUAAAGCCAGCAAUGCGUACUUCUGCCGUGCCUGGGCAAUCCUCCGCCCAGAGACCAUCAUAUGGGAGCCUGGAUCGCCCGAGAUUGUUCAAUGUUUGCUUCUUAUGGCCAGGUACCUACAGUGUUCCGACAACCUGCAUCAAACGUGGAUGGCUGUGGGCGUGGCAGUCCGGAUAGCACAGAGCAUCGGUUUGGACAGGCCCGCUUUAGCCGCAGACAAUAAAUCUCCAACUCGUAGUCGCGCUGCUUUCCGAGAUCAGUUGUGGAACUUGUGCGUUUACAUGGACAGAAUGGUCUCUUGGGUAUCGGGGCGGACACCAAUGGCUGUCUGGUCCAGCCAGCCGCAGGAUGGCCCUGAAGAAGACGGGAGAAGCCGAUCUCAAGCCCGGACGCCCAACUACCUUGAAAAGACCAUGGAUCUCUAUGAGCUUUCAGAUCGCAUAUUGCAUUCACACCUUCCCGUUCGAUCCGCGAGGUUGAGCAGCCCGAGCUUUCCGCGUUUGGGUCGGUUUGACGAACAUAUCAGCGACCUGCCUAAAUUUGAGGCCUAUCUCAACAAAUGGGCCCAGGAUCUCCCAUUGUCGUUGCGACACGGUCACGUCGACCUCCGGAGUAAUAGCGUCGUGUUUACACAGGCACUUCUUCUUCGACUUCGAUUUUUUCACGCUCAUGUUACUCUUUUCCGACCGAUGUUAGCUCGCCACUGCCUCUUACGCCCUCAAACUACACCAUACGAUACGGAUGAUGGCACAAGUGGGAGUCUCGGUGUCCAGGUAGUCCAAAAUUGUGCCGCGCUGUGCAUUGAAAACGCGCAAAAGGUGAUCUCGCUGGUGAUAGACGAGUGCCGCACCCCAUCACCGACACCCAACCACCAGGAUGAGACCGGUUCCAAUCCAACAGUCACGAUCGGCCUGAUCCCAUGGUGGUAUCGGGUGUUUUACUUGCACGUCGCCAGCACUGUGCUAAUGGCAGCGACCCUGCAGCCCAAGCUUUGCACUCCGGCGGUGUCUGAAUCGUGGAGCCGAGCGAUGGAGGCACUCCGGGCCCACGCGCAUCUGAGCCCGUUUGUGUCGCAGUGCCUGGCCACCUUUGAGACCAUCUCGUCGGGCAUGGCGAUGGCUGACCCCCACCAUUUCCAUCAACAUGUUACUAGCGGUGGGGGUACCGGGCCCCAAUUGGGGGUAGACGUGGGGACGAAUGUUCCGAGGGGCCAGCCCGACCUCGGGCUUCCUCAGUUUCAGGAUUUCCCUUUUCAUGACAUUGUUUUGGACACGGGAGAGCCCUUGUUUGCCAUGGAGGAUAUGUCUUGGGUGGGUGGUUUAGGCUUACCCUUGCCCCAAACUGCCCGACUGCGCGGAUCUGGCCCGGCACAGGUGUUAGCGCUGGGAACCCUGGUCCCUGGCAAUACCGACCAUCUUCAAAUCGUUGGAUAUUAUCUCCAAUUCUACCGGCUGUAUGAUCGGCAAUCACAUGAUAAUUUUAUGAUAAUUUUCAGCGGUAGUAUCAAAAGAAAAGCCAAGCCAUCCAACUCCCCCAGCCGUGGUAGUCCACCCUCUUACUCUUGUUCUUCCUUUCAACAGAUUUUAUUGCCCGGAAACAGUCUCAUCAUGGGCAGCUUAACGCCACCCAGACAUCUCCUGCUAUUCGGCGAUUACUCGAUCGAGAAGCUCGCGUCGGUCAAAGCACUCGUCCAGCAUGGGAAAACCGUACCUGCCGCGGAGCGGUUCCUCCGCGAGGCGACAGAGGUGAUCCAGACUGAGUUCAGCCGGACGGACAAAGCCGUGCAUGGCUGGGAGGGGACAACGGCGUCUCUGCUGGAGAUGGCUGAGGCUGUGGAUAGCCCGGGAGGUGGCAACUUGGCUGUGGCUACUGUGCUGUUGUGUGCGGGCCGGCUGGGGCAGCUGAUUGUACACGCGGAUACAGACCCUACCAUCCUCGGAUCUACGCACCAGCCCGUCGACAUCAUUGGGUUUUGUGGUGGACUGCUUCCUGCAGCAGCGGCUGUAGCGGCUCAAGAUACGAGCCAGCUCUUUGCCUUGGCUCGUGAGAUGGUGUCGAUCAGCUUUCGAUUGGCCUGUGAGGUUGCCCAGCGAAAGCGGCUGAUCGAGGAUGGGCCAGCAAGUUGGGGAAGGACGUAUGUGGGUUUGGGACAGGAUCAGGUCCAGGGGAUUCUUGAUAAGUUUCAUGAGAGUGAGGGGAUCCCCGGCCCUCGAAGAAUUGCCAUCGGAGUGGUAGCCAAGGGCUGGCUGACCCUCAUUGGGCCUCCGUCUACCAUGGCCUCGCUAUCAUCGUGGUCCCCGGAAAUUGGCAAUGCCGCCAGUGUGCCCACCGAUGUCGACGGUCCCAUGCACAGCUGCUGGUCCCCCAAAGUCGACGCGGUCAAGAUUCUCGGGAGCUCGCCGCUGCUUCAACAACCCCUGGAUCCGACCAAAGCGCGCAUGCUCUCACCAGCUGGGUCGUGUACAGCGUACGACCACCCCAGACUUGGGUCUCUCGUGGAGGAGAUUGUUGUCGAUGUUGCUCACAAGGCAUUGUACAUCACCGACACGAUCGGUGAGAGCGUAGCAGGGUUACCGCAGCGAGGUGAAGGGCUUGUGAAGCUCUGGGUCAUGGGCCCGACGAGUCACCAAGCAGCUACCACACAGGCGCUCAAAGCAAAUGGUCUCGAGUACGAGGUCCAGCCAUCUAGUCAAGAAACCCCCAACCCAGAAGACACAACCCAACAAGGCCGUCCCAACUCCGGUCUAGUGGCUAUCGUGGGCAUGGCCGGCCGGUUCCCCGAGAACGACACAAUCGAGGGCUUCUGGGCCGACCUACUCGACGGCAAAAGCCACAUCAAAGAAAUCCCCCCCUCGCGCUUCGACAUCAACGCCUUCUACGACCCGACAGGAACCAAACCCAACUCCACCACCGCCCGCCACGGCGCCUUCCUCUCCUCCCCCGGUCUCUUCGACCACCGUCUCUUCAACCUCUCCCCCCGCGAAGCCUCCCAAACCGACCCAGGCCACCGCCUCCUCCUCACAACCGCCUACGAAGCCCUCCAAUCAGCCGGCUACAACCCACAAGGCGGCAUCGCCGCCGGCGGUGCCCGCGUAGCAAGCUACAUCGGCCAAGCCGCCGACGAAUGGCGCGAGAUCCUCAACCAGCGCGGCGCCGACAUCUACUACGUGCCCGGCUUCAGCCGCGCCUUCGCGCCCAGCCGCCUGCACCACCGUUUCCGCUUCGGCGGCGGCUCCCAUGCGCUCGAUGCCGCGUGUGCCACGAGCGCCGCGGCCGUCGCUAUGGCGGCUGCUGCGCUGUUGUCUCGUGAGUGUGAUAUGGCCCUCGCCGGCGGGGCUAGCGUACUGGUGUCCCCUACCACGUAUGCCGGGCUCAGUCGGGCGGGGAUGUUGUCGACUACGGGCGGGUGUCGGACGUUUCAUGAGGAUGCGGAUGGGUAUGCGCGCGGGGAGGCGGUGGGCGUGGUAGUGAUGAAACGGUUGGAGGAUGCUGUUGCUGAUAAUGAUCGGGUGUUGGCGGUCGUGCGGGGCGCGGGCAGGGCGUAUGGGGUGGAUGCGCCGUCGAUGACGAGACCGUGUGCGGCUAUGCAGGAGGUUGCGUAUGGGAGGGCGUUGAGGCAGGCGGGGGUUGAGCCGGGGGAGUUGGCGUAUGUGGAGAUGCAUGGGACGGGCACGCAGGCGGGGGAUGUGGAGGAGGUGAGGUCGGUUAUUGGGGGGUUGGCCGGGGGGAAAGGGGGGAAGAAGAGGAAGGGUUUGUUGACGGUUGGUGCUGUGAAGGCCGCUGUUGGGCAUGGUGAGGGGAUCCCGCCACAGCCUGGGUGGCCGUUCGAGUUGAACCACAAGUUCCCCGAUCUGGCCAAAUCGGGGAUCAAGAUCGCGACGGAGCCGACGGCGCUGCUUCCAAGUGCUGAGGGGGAUGGUAAGAUCAAGAUUGUGGUCAACAGUUUUGAUGCUUCGGGCGGCAACGUGUCCAUCGCCAUGGAAGAGCCCCCCCAACGGCCCCCUAAACCAGCAGACACCCGACCGUGGCACGUCGUGGCCGUAUCAGCCCGCACGCCAGCCUCCCUGCGACAAAACUCCGAACGACUCCUCGCCUUCCUCGAGAGCCACCCCGAGACCAACCUCGCAGACCUCGCCUACACGACCACGGCCCGACGGAUGCACGAGCAGUUGCGCCGGGCCUACGUCGGCGACUCUAUCGCGGCCAUUGUCCGGCAGAUCCGCACCGAUCUAGAUAAGCAAAGCGACGCGGCUCCGGCCAAACCCAAAGUGCCUAGUCGGGUUUUCUUGUUUACCGGCCAAGGCUCGCAGUACGCCGGCAUGGGAGCCACGCUGUUCCGCACGUCGCGGCGGUUUCGGGAGACGGUGUUGCUGUAUCAGCAGAUGGCGAGUGCGGUUGGUCUGCCGGAUUUUGUUGGCCUCCUUUCUGAUGUGAAUGGGGGACAAGAGGAAAUCAACAUCAAGCCCCUCGACCCAGCCGAGGCAUCAACAGUACAGAUCCAACUAGCCAUCGUAGCACUCGAACUAGCCAUGGCCAGGCUGGUAAACGCCUGGGGUAUCACCCCCGAUGCCGUCAUGGGCCACAGCCUAGGCGAGUACGCAGCCCUGUGCGUGGCCGGCGUGCUAUCAGCCAGCGAAGCACUCCUCCUCGUCGGCGAGCGUGCCAAGCUCAUGGAGAAACACCUCGUCGCGGACGCCUACGCCAUGCUGGCCGUGAGCAUGCCGGAGGAAGACCUCGCCCAGCAGAUCCAGCAACUCAGUCUCCGCUCCUGCGCCGUGGCGUGUGCCAACGCACCGUCACUGACCGUGGCCAGUGGGCCGGUAGCCGAGAUCGGGACGCUCAAGAAAGCCCUCGAGGCUGAGGGGCAGCGAGCCACGCAGCUGCGCGUCCCGUACGGAUUCCAUUCCAGCCAGGUCGAGCCGGUCCUCGAUGAGUACCAGGGUAUCGCCCGGGGCACGCACUUUGCCGAGCCCGCUAUCCCCGUCGUGUCCACGCUGACCGGCCGCGUGCACCGGAAAACAGCCGGCGUGUUUUCUCCGGCGUACCUAGCUCGACAAGCCCGGCAGAAGGUCGACUUUUGCGGAGCUGUUGAGGCCGGUGUUGAAGACGGGCUGUUCGCCCACGACCCGCAGACUAAGACGCUAUGGUUCGAGAUGGGGCCCGAUCCGGUCUGUCUAGGCCUUGUGCGUCGCUGUCUUGACGGUUCAAGUUCCUCGGGUUCCGUAUUUCUACCGUCGCUGAAGCAGGGCAGAGACUGCUGGGCUACGCUGUCGGAGUUGUUGAAGGGGGCGUAUGAGGCCGGCGUCGAGAUUGACUGGCCUGAGUUUCACAAACCGUUUACGGGCUCGCUGACGUUUAUUGACUUGCCCACUUACGCGUUUGACGAGCGGGACUUUUGGACGCCGUAUAUGACCACCGUGGACGCUGUGGCGGCCGUGUCUUCUGAAACAGCCACAGGAACCUCCGGGUUCCCGACAACGACGCUGCAGCGUGUGGAGAGCGAUAAGACGGAGGGCACGGCCAGGAUUAUUACGUUCACCUCGCAACUCGCUGACGAGCAGCUACUAAAGGCGAUCAAGGGACAUGUGGUCGGCGGGUUUGAGAUUUGUCCGCUGGGUGUGUUCCAGGACAUCGCGCUCACAGCUGCAAAGCACAUCUUCUACCGCGUCCACGGCAACGCCACCGCGCUUCCGGCCCUAUCUCUUCGCGGCGUGGAGCUCGGACAAGGCCUGAUCCUCAACCCAGACACGGUCCCGCACACCGUAAUCCAAGUGACGGCAUCGUACCGCGUAGCCGACGCAGCGGUCGAGGUGGAAUUCGCCUCGAAGCUCACUACCACCAACAACAAACUCACCCACCACGGCAAAGCCCACGUCGCCUUCGACAUCACCUCCCCCUGGAAAACCACCCUCCCGCAAACCCUCUACCUCGUCAAAUCCCGCAUCGACACCCUCCGGAAACAAGCCGAGUUUAGCAGCGGCGCCCGCCAUCUCGCCAAGCAAGAAACCUACCAGCUCUUCUCGGGCGUCGUGUCCUACGCCGAACCGUACCAGGGUCUACAGCAGGUGAUUUUGAGUGCGGACUGCGCGGAUGCCGUGGGGAGAGUGCAGCUCACCGCUGGGGAUAUCAGCAGGUCCUCGUUUCAUAUCAGUCCGUACUGGAUUGAUGCCGUGACGCAUCUUGCUGGGUUUGUGCUCAACUGUGGGCUGCGGUAUCCAGAGGAUGUUGCGUGUUUGGCGGUGGGGUUUGAGGCAUGGCAUCAGGUACGGGAGUUAAAGGCUGGCGGGGUGUAUACUGUGUAUACGUGUCUGCAGGAUGAGGUUGACGGCGGAACGGGGCAUGGGGUCAGGGGGGAUUGUUAUGUGUUUGCGGAAGGGGGGGAGUUGGUGCAGGCUACGCUGGGGAUCAAGUUCCUGCGGUUGAAGAAGGCUGCACUGGAGAUGAUUCUGGGCGGCGGUUCUCGUCCGUCAAAGUCGAACAACAGCAGCAACACCACUCGCACUUCGGAAACCACUCCCGGCCCGGUCCCCUCACCACUCCCAGCCAAGUCAAGACAAGCCACAGACCACACGAGCAUGAUCCAAACCAUGCUCUCCAUCAUCGCCAGCGAAAGCGGCUGCACCCCCGACGAACUCGCCGACGACACCGCCUACACCGACCUCGGCGCUGCGUUGCUUGCGCAUUUGGCUGAGAUCGGUGGGUCUGAUGGGGGGGCUGGCAUUGUUGGUGAUGAUGUUGAUGCUGAGUCGGAAUCGACUACUUCGGAUUCAGGAUCGAAUUCGGAGUCGGCGUCGGCAUCGACACCGACGAACCCCUCCCGUCUCCUCACUCCCACAGCACCCACCUCCCCUGUCCCAUCCUCGGACUCACUCUUCUCACCCCCGAAACACCACCCCGCCGACAAAAGUGGUAACGACAGUCCGACAGCAGCAGCAGAAACAGCAGAAGAAGAAGAAGCCCACCUCUUCCACUACCAAGGCCCGCGCACGUCCGACUCGCCAAAGUUGUUCUUCCUGCCUGAUAUAGACGCCGCUAACGAAGGGGCUGAUGAUGAAGGUGGAGGUGUAAGUGGUUUGGGCUCGACAUUUGGGUAUUUGUCGCUUCCGCCGUUGGGGAGUGCGGAGUUGGCGGUUUUUGGGGUUGAGGUUUUGGCGGGUGCUGGCGUUACUGGUGGUGCUACUGCUGUUGGUGGUGACAGUGGUCAUGAGGGUGGUAGUGCUAUCAGCACCGCAACAACAAACGCCCUAGUAUCCGCGAUCAAAGCCGAGCAGCCUGGUGGCCCGUACCUCCUCGGCGGGACGGAAAGAGGGGUGAUAUAUGCUGUUGCGGGGGCUUUGUUGAAGCAAGGGAACGGGACGAAGAGUGGGGGGGUUGGUGUGCUUUUGCUGGGCGGUCAUGACAGCCUCACAGAAGGCGAUGCCUCAACAGCAGCAAUCAAUGCUUCUCUGGGAGAGGGACAGGCCGGGGUGGUGUGGUCAAAGAGUGUGCGAGACGGAGUCACGUUGGAGGUUGUCGGGGGGAGGGUUGGUGAUGACGGAGCGCAAGAUGACAAUGAGUGGACGGAGCGGAUUCCGGCGCUGGGGGUGGUUGAGGUUGAGGUGGGGUUGGGCACGUUUGAUGAGUUUGUUGCGGCUGGUGGGUGGUGA